AUUUUCUUACACCCAAGUUUCUUAAUUUCUCCCCUUCACUCGAUAAACUAUUCAACCACUAUGAAGAUAAUUAGCCAAGCAACUAUCGUUGGCCUCAUAGGGUUAGCCUUGCUAGCCCAUCUCUCUGGUGCCCAAAACUCCCCACAAGACUAUGUCAACGCUCACAAUGCCGCUCGUGCUCAGGUGGGUGUCGGUCCGAUAAGAUGGGACAACAACGUGGCGGCCUACGCGCAAAAUUACGCGAAUAGGCACAAGGGUGAUUGCAGAUUGGUGCAUUCCGGUGGACAAUAUGGUGAAAACCUAGCUGGAAGUAGCGGUGACUUGACAGGAACAGCCGCGGUGAACAUGUGGGUGGGUGAGAAGCCCUUCUAUAACUAUAAUUCCAACUCUUGUGCUGCAGGAAGAGUAUGCGGGCAUUAUACUCAGGUGGUUUGGCGUAACUCGGUCCGAUUGGGGUGCGCUAAGGUUCGAUGCAACAACGGGGGCACUUUCAUCACCUGCAACUAUGAUCCUCCAGGCAAUUACAACAAUCAACGUCCAUACUCAGACGUUAUAUAAGACUAGAUGGGUGAAUAUAUAUAUAUACAUAUGUGUGUGUGUGUAUGUAUGUGACUAUUAACUAAGUAGAUGUUGUAUUACUACCUCCCAAUUGUUUGUUAUGCCUGCGAAGUACAUACCUUUUGGGGGAUGAGAAUAAAACAACAUGAAUGAAUUCCAAAUAUA